AUGUUCCAUCAAAAUCCAUUCUUUCAAAAGGAAGAUUCACUCUUCAACUAUGCACUUCUCACUCUCUUUCUCAUAGCACCACCAACCUUCAUCUCUCUCACAUUCCUCCAAGCUCCAUAUGGCAAACACCAUCGACCAGGUUGGGGUCCAAAUCUCUCUCCACCACUAGCUUGGUUCCUCAUGGAAAGUCCUACACUUUGGUUCACUCUUUAUCUUUUUCCACAUGGUAAAAACUCUUCAAAUCCUAAAUCAAUAAUCCUCAUUACCCCUUUUCUAAUUCAUUACUUUAACCGCACAAUCAUAUACCCAUUUCGUUUAUUUCUCACAACAAGAAGAAAAAAAUCAUCUUUAUCAAAAACCCCAUCUGGGUUUCCUUUAAGUAUAGCUUUUAUGGCUUUUUUGUUCAAUUUGUUGAAUUCUUAUGUUCAAGCUAAAUGGGUUUCUCAUUACAAGAAUUAUGAUGAUGGGUUGUGUUUUUGGGGUGUUUUUUUUGGUGGGCUUUUGGUGUUUUUUGUUGGGAUGGGGAUUAAUAUUUGGUCUGAUAAGGUAUUGUUGAGGCUUAAAGGUGAAGGGAAAGGGUAUAUGAUUCCUAAAGGAGGGUUUUUUGAGGUUGUGAGUUGUCCUAAUUACUUUGGGGAGAUUGUUGAGUGGUUUGGUUGGGCUUUGAUGACUUGGUCUUGGGCUGGUUUGGGCUUUUGUUUUUAUACUUUUGCUAAUUUAGGGCCUAGGGCUCGUGCUAAUCAUCAAUGGUAUUUGGAGAAAUUUGGAGAAGAUUAUCCUAAGAAAAGGAAAGCUGUUAUUCCCUACUUGUAUUGAUUUUUUUUAUGAAAUGUUGUAAUUGGGGUGUAUUGUAUUGUAUAGGUUUUCAAGGAUACAAAAUAAUGAGAAUGUGUUGCUGAAUCAUUGCAUGGAAA